GCGCGUAUAGAGGCAAGACGUGAAUUUUUUGGUCUGGCAGAAGAACUUUGCUUAUCGAUUACGCACGUAACAGACUCAGAGAAUCUGUAAGCUACACAAAUUAAAUAAUCCAAAUACAUGUGCUAACAAUUAAUCAGCUGUACAAGGAUAAUAAGCAGCAUGCUUUAGUCGGGCAGCAGCGCAGAGCAGAGCAGGACAGCGGUAAAAAAGCAAAGUUGUAAACAAGGCGGAAGUGCCAGCAAAGCGGAAUAAACAGCGCAGCAGUCAGAGCGAACGAGCGUACAAGUCAGAGAGCUAACAGCACGAGAAGCAGGCACAAAUGAAUCCUUAUACAGCGGGUGGUGCUGGUGGCGGUGCUGCUAAUCCCUUUGGUGCACCUGCCUCUGCUGCGGGCUAUGCGCAGCCCACGAACAUGGGCGGCUAUGGCUACGAGGAGCAGGCGAAUGCGGGCUAUGACCAAGGCGGAGGUGGCGUUCGCCAGCAGCCAGGCUAUGGACCACCUGGUGUUAGACCACGCGUGGAUGUCGAGGCCAGCGGCGAAGUGGAUCCCAAUCUAUAUCCGGAGGCUAAGGACUCAACGCACAAGGUGCGCGGUCACUCGGAGAUUUUGGAACAGUUCUUAGGCGUCAGCUCGGAAAGGGAACUCAUACCCGUUAAGUGUUUCUAUUUCUUCUUCUAUGCCGCCUUUGGUUCGCUUUUUCCGCUUAUGGGCGUGUACUUCAAGCAAAUGGGCAUGAAUCCUGGCCAGUGCGGCAUACUUGUUGGUAUGCGUCCAUUUGUUGAGUUUCUGUCGGCACCCUUCUGGGGCUCCUAUGCGGAUCGCUGUCGCCAGGGCAAAAAGCUGCUGCUUGCCUCGCUAGCCUGCUGGGUGCUCUUCACCAUUCCCUUGAGCUUCAUCCGCCCGGAGGCCAUCAACUGCAUUGAACGCCGCAAUGCCACGGACUUUGUGCUGACAUACACACGCACCAAGCGUGAUACUUCGUCCCAGUAUGAGGCACUGCUGCACGAUGAGGAGCUGGCUUACAAUCCGGACUAUCAGCCAGAAGAGUCGGAAUUUGAAUCGGAGCAUAGUCGUCAUAAGCGUUCGCUGCUGCUGCCACGCAUUGAUGCCGGCAUCUCGCCCGUGCACAUUAAUUUUGUCAGCAAUUAUGAUGACAAGCACCAUCGGGACUAUGUAACGCCCAUCUUCAGCUCCAUGGUCUACCGUACGCCGGAUAUACAAAAGGCAUUCUUUCUGCUGCUGCUGGUCAUCUUAAUUGGCGAAUUCUUCAGCGCUCCGGCCAUAACGCUCGCAGAUUCAGCUGUCAUUACUUUACUCGGCGACGAUGCGGAUAAGUAUGGACACCAGCGCAUGUUUGGAUCACUGGGCUGGGGCAUCUCUAUGUUCCUAGUGGGCAUUGCUCUGGAUCAUUCGACUUCGUUCUCCAAUCAUCCAUGUGGUGCGGGCAACAAGGAGAAGAACUACAACAUUUGCUUCUCCAUAUUCUCGGUGCUGAUGACCUGCGCCAUUAUAUCCGCCUCGAAAAUAACUUUCAAAUACGAUCCUGUGGAUGAGAGCCAGCAACAGCAGGCAGCGCAGUUUGUGGAUCCCAAUAAGAAGGCCGAAGAUGAGUCGAUGAAUCAGUUGGCCGCACAGCUCAAUUUGCCAUCGCUAGCGGUGGGUAGCGGCAGUGCCGCCCCAGCUGCCACUCCUCAUCAUCAGCCACACAUUGGCGCCGAGUCCAAUGUGUUUGCUCAGACGGCGCCGACGGAGCUGCCCGAGUGGAUGACUGUGCUGACGCAUUUCAAGGAUCUAAAGACCGCCUCGUUUUUGUUUGUCGCCUGGUUCAUGGGCUUUGGCAUUGGUCUGAUUUUUACGUUUCUGUUCUGGCAUUUGCAAGACUAUGGUGGCACUCCCACGCUCUUUGGCGUCGCCUCUGUCAUCAAUCAUGUGUCCGAAAUCUUUGCUUAUUUCUACAGCUUCCGUCUGAUUACUCAGAUUGGACAUGUCAAGGUGCUCUGCUUGGGCUUAAUUGGUAAUGUGCUGCGGUUUCUUUAUAUUUCCUAUUUGACCAAUCCUUGGAUGGUGCUGCCCUUCGAAUUGAUGCAGGGCAUUACCCAUGCCGCUGUCUGGGCCGCCUCCUGCUCUUACAUUGCUCACAAUACGCCCAAGCACUUGCGCGCCUCAUCCCAGGGCGUGCUCCAAGGCAUUCAUCAUGGUUUGGGUCGCGGCUGUGGCGCAAUUAUUGGCGGCAUGUUUGUCACCUACUACGGCACCACUGCUACCUUCCGUUGGUAUGGUAUUGCCUGCCUCUUUGUGCUCGGCCUCUUCAUCUUCAUCAACUUUUAUCGCAAGGAGCAAGGCUUUAUAUCGGAGAUACCAGUUACAGAGGAUCCGCAUCAAGUCGCUGAGGAAACUUCGCACUUGGCACCUCAUGGCGUGCCCAGCAAUCCCAUACCACGUGCUCUCUCCAACUCACGUUUGAAUGAAAUGAAUCCCAAUGGAGGUCCAUAUGGCAGCACCUACCAGACAACUGGCGGUAAUCUGGACAUACCCGGCGCCAAUCCUCAUAAUCCAUUCGCACAGUAAACAACAUAAACACUCAGCAAACAAACUUACAUAGAAACUGACAAAAAAAUAUAAUCAUGAUCGAACAAGAUAUACCUAAUCGUCUAACCGUAAACAUAUCGUGGACAUUGGCCUGCAAUAUUAAUUGCUUAUUUAUAUUGCGUUAUUCUAGCUUAAUUUAAUUUUUGGUGCUUAUACAUAAGCCAUAUAUAUAAAAUAGAUCAGAUAAACAUAAAUAUAAAUAUAUUUUAUAUUGAACAUACAUAGACGCAUACUUAGCAGCAAUAUAAAGCUUAACCACUCACAAAUAGCUUUUGAUUUAAAUCCAUUUUACAGCUCAAAAAAAUAAAUAACGUGAUUAAACUAAAAGCAGCUGUUGCUCUAUGA